UGUCUGAAUAUGUCAAGAAUCACUUCAGCUGCCGCACGCUUUCAAAUAGCAAUCCAUUGCCGCUACGAAGGAAGAGUUUCACAUAUGCCGUUUAGCUUCAUAAGAUUAUGAGGGAUUCCUUUGCGAUUGCGGUGCGUAGCUUACAGAGCAAAGGGGUAAAGGAGGAACAGUUGGAGCGCUGUCCAGGGUCCUGAAGUCAAGAAGCCAGAGGUGCUGAAGAGAGCAUAGGCAUUCACAGAGGACUGUAUGUCUAUGCCAAACAAGCCUUGAGAUGACUCGGAAAAGCCUGCGUCCUGUGGCUGUCUGGGGAUUCGUUGCGUGGGAAAUAGGAAUUCUGUUGAGUUUGGUAGCUUCAAAAAAACUAGAAAACCCUCAAGGAAGAACAGCAUCCAUGUCGUCACCCUCUGACUUCCUUGACAAGCUCAUGGGAAGAACCUCAGGUUAUGAUGCCAGAAUUAGACCCAACUUUAAAGGUCCGCCUGUGAAUGUAACAUGCAACAUAUUCAUUAACAGUUUUGGCUCCAUUGCAGAGACAACUAUGGAUUACAGAGUGAACAUAUUUCUCCGGCAGAAGUGGAACGACCCUCGGUUAGCUUACAGCGAGUACCCAGAUGACUCUCUGGACCUUGAUCCCUCAAUGUUAGACUCCAUUUGGAAGCCUGAUCUGUUCUUUGCCAAUGAGAAGGGAGCACACUUCCAUGAGGUCACGACUGACAACAAGCUCUUGAGAAUAUUCAAAAAUGGAAAUGUCCUCUAUUCAAUCAGACUGACUCUAACGCUCUCAUGUCCGAUGGAUCUGAAGAAUUUCCCCAUGGAUGUGCAGACGUGCAUAAUGCAGCUGGAAAGUUUUGGCUACACAAUGAAUGACCUGAUCUUUGAGUGGCAAGAAAGGGGACCUGUACAGGUGGCCGAAGGUUUGACGCUUCCACAGUUCAUCCUCAAGGAUGAAUCUGAUCUGAGAAACUGCACCAAGCACUAUAACACAGGCAAGUUCACAUGCAUUGAGGUACGUUUUCACCUGGAAAGACAGAUGGGCUACUACCUGAUCCAGAUGUACAUUCCCAGUCUGCUAAUCGUCAUCCUGUCCUGGGUCUCCUUCUGGAUUAACAUGGAUGCCGCUCCUGCCCGUGUCGCCCUGGGAAUCACCACAGUGCUCACAAUGACAACUCAGAGCUCUGGAUCCAGGACAUCCUUACCUAAGGUGUCUUACGUGAAGGCUAUUGAUAUCUGGAUGGCGGUGUGCUUGUUAUUUGUCUUUUCUGCCCUAUUGGAGUAUGCUGCAGUCAACUUUGUUUCACGGCAACACAAAGAACUCUUACGAUUCCGACGGAAAAGAAAGAAGUCCGGCAAGGUUUGUGAUCAAACAUUUGAUGAGGAGCAUACCCAGUCAUUGCAUCGUAUCAAUGGCCUACGCAGUGCCGAGCCAGUUUACGGAUCAAUGGGCCAACUCAACGAAUACAAUGACAGGGAGGAGGAUGUGCAGGAGAGCCGGUUGAGCAUCACGCCUAAUUCGGGGAAAGACGGAGCCGUGCCCAAAGCUGCUAAUAAUGCAGCCACAACAACCUCUAUCCCAGCCCUUACUGCCAGCAAGAGUCAUGAGGAGAUGAGAAAACUCUUCAUCGACCGAGCCAAGAAGAUUGACACUGUGUCCCGUGCCGGAUUCCCACUGGCCUUCCUGUUUUUCAAUAUUUUCUAUUGGGUUCUUUACAAAAUCCUUCGCCACGAGGACGUGCACAAGCCAUAGAUGGAACAUACAGUGUUGCACCUUGGGAGGUACGGUAGUAACACAGCAAAGCUGCAUCAAUGAACUCUGAUGUUAUUACUUGCGUGCAAUGUUUCCUGCUGAGGAACUAUGCUAAAAUGACUAUGAAAAACUGUGAUGUCAAGGACCGGUGGUUUAUUUCAAAUCUUUUUUCUUUUUUUUUUGUGUUGUACACCCAAAUACGGACACUGCGCUCACUAUGCAAUGGAUAGGCAUCCGUAGGGCCUCUGACACACCUGUCCCGUAACUAUAACAAAUGUGGUCAGCACUUCCACACACCUGUUUAACACAGAAGCACAGUCCGAUACUGACUACAGCCCCUUGUAGUGACAGAUAUGUGUGUCUAGCACUGGUUUUGUCAACUCUGUUAUUUUACAGCUUUACUGCCAAUGUUCUGUGUUGUAUUUUUGAUAUACAGCUAUUGAUAAAUUGCAAGAGUGCAAAAGCAGAAUUGUAUAUUAUACAGAUAUCCAAACACAAACUACUAUUGUUGAUUAUUUUAUAAAGACGUGUUGAAUAGUUUUUAUUAGCAUUUUGGUCAGCGUAAUGUAUACUCAAUCAUUUUACACCAACCUGAUUGAUGACCAGCUCUAGAAACCAGCAUCCAGGCCAAAAUCAUUCUGAGCUUAAAUCUCAAGAAUGACUCUGAACCAGCAACAAACAAUAUUCUGUUUACAGCAAGCCUAUGAACACCUUAAAAUUAACUGCUUCAAGGAAACACAUUUUGAAAACAUUAAUAGGUAGUGUACUGUCAUUAACCAUUAAGAAACUGAAACAAUCCUUCAAGUCCACUUCAAGUUUUUUUUUUUU